GUGUGUCCCUCGUAUUAAUAAGAACACAUUUUUAAAAGAUGUGUCCAUAUAACAUGUGUUCUUGUUUCAGUUUGUUCUAAUACUUGCUUAUUCAUGUUUAUUUCUGCUAUUCUCUCAAAUUGUUGGGACUCUUUCAACUAAGUUGGAAGCUACGUUGCACGGACUCUCCAAAAAAUGCUGCUGCACCGCGUGUUGGAUCCUCCAAAAGUACACUACUUCUGGAGGAUCCGACAUGUAGGAGCAACAUUUUUGAAAAGUCCGAGCAACAUAGGUUAGAACUACCAUUCAUAUUUCAUGACUGAUUAGUUUAUUGAGUAGAUGAAUGAAACAGGUUACAAAUGAAUCAGAAUGGAUAUUGAGUAUUCAUAUAGUUGAUCUCUACUAGUUUGCAUUUGAGGCAUAGUCGUUGUUGUUGGUUUUGUGAAUUUUGUGCAUAUUUGUUUGAUCUGCAACAACAACAACAUAUCCAGUAUAUUCCCACCAAUUGGGGUUUGGGGAGGGUAAGCGUACGUAGUCCAUACCACUACCUCAGAGGUGAGAUAGAGAGGCUGUUUUCGAUAGACCCCCAACUCAAAAUUCAGAAGGCAUGGAACAUGCAUGUCACGAACUCACGAUGUGUGUUUACUUACUAUCGACAUAAAAAAAAAGAGAACUAGAUAGAGAAUAGCUUGGAAGUUCAUUUAGAAAUGAAUAAAAUUAGGAGAAGGAACCCAAGGAAAGGACAUAACUACAGUGUCCAUGUAACCGGGAUGAUGUGGAGUUGAUAUUCCAAAUUAGUUAUGUAAAUUUUCCAUUUGAAAGUUAUAGAUAGCAGGGUGCUACGAUUGGGCUGUUGAACAUCUGCAAUAUGUGCGGUAUGGUGUGCCCCAUAUGGAGUAGCACUUAAGGACAUGAAAUUUGGAUGGCAAAUUGUUCUUGGUACCAUAAUUGGAUUCGCUGGAGCAGCGUUUGGGAGUGUAGGUGGUGUUGGUGGUGGUGGCAUAUUCGUACCCAUGCUUAGUCUUGUGAUCGGAUUUGAUCCAAAAUCAUCUACAGCAAUUUCAAAAUGUAUGAUCAUGGGUGCUGCAGUGUCUACUGUUUACUACAACUUAAAGCUCAGACAUCCCACAAUCGACAUGCCUAUUAUUGAUUAUGACUUGGCUGUGCUCAUCCAGCCAAUGCUGAUGCUUGGCAUUAGUAUUGGAGUUACUUUCAAUGUGAUAUUCGCAGAUUGGAUGGUUACGGUUCUGCUAAUUGUUCUCUUCCUUGGCACGGCAACCAAGGCCUUUCUAAAAGGGGUUGAGACGUGGAAGAAAGAAACUAUUGCGAAAAAGGAGGCUGCUGCUAAACUUUCAGACAAAAAUGGCACUGGCGAUGAAGCAGAAUACAAACUCCUUCCCAGCGGUCCCGCCAAUGGCACUGAUAAGGAUGCCAAGGGUGCAGCUGAACCAGAGGCCCCUUUCAUGGAGAAUGUUUGCUGGAAGGAAUUUGGACUCCUCAGUUUCGUUUGGGUUGCAUUUCUAGUACUGCAAAUUGGAAAGAAUUACACAUCUACUUGCUCGGCAUGGUACUGGGUGGUGAACUUGUUGCAGAUUCCAGUUGCUGUUGGGGUGUCUUCAUAUGAAGCUACUAGCUUGUACAACGGAUGGAGAAAGAUAGAAUCCAAGGGAGAAGCCGGCACCAAUUUCCGCGUGAUGCAGUUGGUUGUUUAUUGCUUGUUUGGAAUACUAGCUGGUGUCGUUGGUGGACUUCUUGGUCUCGGUGGAGGAUUUAUCAUGGGUCCACUGUUUUUGGAGCUCGGCGUUCCUCCACAGGUCUCAAGUGCCACUGCCACCUUUGCGAUGAUGUUCUCCUCAUCAAUGUCCGUGGUGGAGUAUUACCUUCUAAAGCGUUUUCCAGUUCCUUAUGCUCUCUACUUUGUUGCUGUCGCGACUGUUGCUGCUUUCGUUGGGCAACAUGUUGUGAGGAGGCUGAUUUUAGUACUAGGACGGGCGUCACUCAUCAUCUUCAUCCUUGCCUUCACAAUUUUCGUCAGCGCAAUAUCACUAGGUGGAGUCGGUAUCUCAAAUAUGAUCGGGAAGAUCCAGCGCGAUGAGUACAUGGGAUUCGAGAACCUUUGCAAAUAUAAGAUUUAAUCACCAUACACACACCUAUAGUGAUUUUACUGUUGCAGAUUUCUGCUCUACAGCAAAAUACUUCCAUCAAAUUGAUUGGUUUAACAAUUAUGCAAUAUAGUGAGAACUAAUUAGCGUUCUAACACAUUGUUAUACGUCGAAUGGAUUAACAAAUGAUAAAAGUUUAUAAUACAAAAGCCCGUCAUUUAUAACGCUUA